AGUAGGAAUGAUCAAGCUCUAAAUAUAGUUAGAAUAUUGAACAGACUGGUUACGGGUGUCGGAGAAUAAUUUCUCACAUGUUAUCUCAAGGAAGCCAUGAUUUCCCGUUACCUCACAGGAAAUGACUCAACUUUGGCGCCUUCAAGGUGGAUAACGGGAACUACGGAUUCUAUUUGACAUAUAUGAGCUCAAUAUCAACAAUACAGAAGUACUCGGGAUACCAGUCGUAGUACAGUUGAAGAGCAGAAAAACUAGACAACAGUUAAGGUUGGUGAUUUCAACAAGUGACUCAUAACCGAUAACAAAGGUAAUGACUUGGUAUAAUGUUUGAGCUGACAUACAAUGUCGAAUCAUGUACAAGUACAAGUAUGUGACAGUUCAGGAGUCAAUACCGACACAUGUAGAGCAGAGGUGGAACAACUGCGAGCAGCAAAGAAAACAUUGGAAGGAAAAAUACAAGGCUACAACUUUCUAGGAAACAGACUCAGAGAAAAAGAUGAAGAGUGUCGACAGUUAAAGCAAAAGUUAGCAGAAGUUGCCCAAAAUAAUCUUUCAAAGACAGAUGGUCGUUCUGUUUCCCCCGAAAAUGAUUAUGUUUUAACCUCAAAUAAGACAAUUCAGACCAGCCUUCAUCUUCUUAAUGAUUAUCAUACUACAACUACCACAGGCCUACAUGCCAAUCAUCUCCCACAAACUACCCUGAAUCAGGCCUCCACUCGUACUACAGAUCUCUUUGGAAGUGCCCCAAAACAAGCAAACAACAACCCAAUGGCUGAUGAUUGUCUAUUUCUUCAAGUGGAAAAGGACAAACCAACAAAUUACGUCAAUGUGUCAUCUAAUCAUACUACUGUUGAUACAAAUCGCCUCUUCCCCAGUGGGACAAAGCCAUUGGUAUAUGGUCCCCCCGGGGAAGGUGUUACAUACCCUCCAAACUUUGGCAGACAGCAAAGGGAGUCAUUCCAGAAUCAUGAAGUGUCCCGUCCCAUCAACUUACCCCCAACUGAUGUAUUGACCAACAGCUUUGACCAGACAGAUGGACCAACCAAAGGUGGUGGUAGUCCCAGGACACACAGCACCACAGAGCUGACAGGCUAUGAUGUCCCGAAUAAAGCCAGUCUUAACCUGAUGAACUUUGAAGACAAAAUUUUAUAUCCUCCGACCAGUGAUAAGACAGAUGACCAAGCCGUUGAUAAGCUCAUCAGCAUGCAGGUACGAGCAGAUCUGGUCACUGAUGGUCCCCCACAGAACGUAGUGAAGUACUUUGAGAACCACCUUCUGCCCAUGCUUCAGAAACAGGAGCAGGAAAAUAAGAGUAAAGAAGAACAAUGGAACAAUGAAAAGUCCAAACUUCUUCAAAAGAUUCAGCAGUUGGAAAUGCACAAGGGCAGAAAUGUUACCCAAGGCCAAUCCUUGUCAGAGAACCAGGUGCCAGGGUGGGAUGUUGUGCAUAGAACUGAGGCUAUGAAUCAAUCUGAAGUGAAAAUGUUGGAGGACCAUAAUAAACAGCUUGUGGAGGCCAAUAGGAGUUGGCAAGCUUUCCACGAAAAAUCUCAGGCGGAGCAACAAAAGACAGCUGACUAUUACAAGGAAAAGUUCGAGGGAAUGACAAAGGAGAUCCUUCGGAUGAAAACCCAAGAUGAGCAAAAGAAAGCUGACUUCCAAAAAAUAUUAUUUGAAGCAAAGCAGAAACAAAUUGAUGAAGAGGCACUGAAGGAGGAGCUGCAACACUACAAGGUCAAGGCAGAAUCUUUCGAAAAACAGCUGGAGCAGGUCCGACCAGGCAUCCUGCAAAACAAUAUGAAUGCACUACAUAUCGCAGGAACCUCGGGACCUCCUGCAUUUAACGUAACAAAUCACAAAACUUUAAAUGACCUACAAGUAGAGAAUGACACGCUUAGAUGUCAGCUCACUGUGUUCCAAGAAGAUUUUGACAGAGAGAGGAGUGAUCGAGCCCAAGCACAGGCGACUAAGGAGACCUUCAAGGAAGAGCUGGAGACAGUGAAACAGGAACUGCAUUACACGAAGAAUCAGUUGAAACAGAAAGAAAGACAAGCGAGACAUGCUGAGACGAAUUGCCAACAAGCCCAUCUUGAAAAGGACAAGCUCCAGCAACAGAUUGCAGAGCUGAAAAAUACGCUAAGGAGAGAGAAGGAGGCAAAUGCAAUGCAAUAUCAAAGACCUUUCCAGCCGCAGUUCCAACCAGUACCACAGCAUCCGGGUUAUGUGAAUCAUCCUGUAGCCAUGAUGAAUGGCGCACCACACAUAGAGCAGAGCAGAGUGGCUGCCCAGCCUCAGACAGAUCCUUUCGCACAGCCCAUACCACCUUAUAUGGUCAACACUCAUCAGCGAUCAUCUGGUUCUUGUUCCCCACAACCACCACCAGACUUCAAAUUCCAAAGGACUGUCCCUUCUCAGAACCAUAAGGGGGAGUGGCAGUGUGGGAGAUGCACUGUCAAUAACCACCCUUCACGUACAGUCUGUGAGGUUUGUGGAUAUACACAGCCGUUCAUCCAACAGAGACAAGCAGGAGGUAUCCCGGCCCAACUCUACAGGCAGGGUUACAAUGGGGACCAGGUGGAACCCUGUGAAAGUGGAGACCUGUCAACGGACACUGGAGACCUGGCGCAGAGCUAAGCUCUUCGCACAUCUGUUAUUAUAUAGAAUGAUUAAUAUCCCCAUGGUUAACGUUUUAUGACAUAGAAGAUAAAGCAAAUUCCAUCAAAUCAUUCGUUAAUUGAGACCAAGAAAUGUGCUUUUCUAAUGUCAUGCGAGAGUUGGGACUUACAUGUAGGUGAAUGUUAACUCAAACAUCAUACCGUCAGAUGUCUAGUAUCACGUUACUAUAGACUAAGAUUUAGUACAUACCUGAAAAUGUUUUCAGACAGGAGAGACUAAAUCUGAUUCUAACUUGGCCGAGGUCUAUAGGUAUUGGAUAUGAUGAUCGUAGUUCAAUAUGGUAUUUAUAACACGAAACUUUUAAACUCUGAGGACGUUCUCAACUCAAAUAUUCUCAAAGUCCACAGUUCUUUUGUUCUAAAGUUUGAUUCGUCCACUAUUUCAAGCCGUGACUGUUUGUAAAGUACCCUUAACAUAAAAUUUGAUACAUUCCUGAAGCUGAUAGGUUUUCUGCUUCUAGGGUCGUGGUUCCUUGUCAUGAAGCAAUAUACAUUGUAUAGAAUGAGUAAAGAUUUGAAUACUGUUCAGAAUUAUAGCGUUACAGUGCUAACGUGUGGCAUGCACACGUUAGCACUUCACACAGUCCUAUAUAAUGUUUAAGCAUUGGCAAUUGAAAUACGAGUGUUAUUAUUUCAUGUUCCCAGGUUUUGAUGGCAAAGACUGUUUGUAAAAUACCUAACUAUUGUAAUGUUCAUAGUAUGUUCAUGGUCACAUUUUCACCUGGUUAAAUCUGGCUAAGUUUAUCUUUGUUAGAAUGAAAAGGAUUAGCUAGUACAAUUGUGUACAUUGUAUAUUUUCAACCGUUAUUAUAAAAGUUGUGGUAUAUUGUACAUCAAUAUAUAAACGGAUUUAAGUAUAUUUAAAAGUGCAGAUAUUACUGAGGUAAUUGUUACCGUAGUUGUUUAAUAACAUCUUUAUGCUGGGGGGAUUUACAACAAGGAGAACAGCCGAUGUUGAAAACUAUUGGCAUAGAAAUGUGUACACAGCAAAACCCAAGCAUUAUACUGUAGAACAGCUGUAAGUAACGGUAUGACACCGAUGUUUCACUGAAAUAGUAAGGAAAUUCCUAUAAUUUCAAUAGCAUGUUUAGUAUGUUACAAUGAGUACCAUGUGAAAAGAGACUUAUUGCUAUUGUUUGUUAUAUAAUGCUAUACCUUAACUGAAGUAAUAUUUAUAUAUCAAUAUAUCAAUCACUAAAGUUGGCCCGGAUUGAGGCAGGGUUAUGUUUGGUCUGUAACUGACAUUAACUUAAGUCACUUAGGUUGAAUAUUUACAUGUGCAUGGCAUUGUCACUAUAUAGCCUCUUUGAAAGCCGUGUCGUUGAUGAGACUAUUACCAUGCAGCACGAGACACAA